GAUGUUGAAUCAUACCCUCCUCUUCGGCCCCAAUUCUCUCUCUCCUUCCUCUCUCUUCGAGCAAAAUUUCUCUGUUUUUCUCGGGGAAAUCCAAACCACAAGAGCUACUGUUUCAACCAAAAGAUCGUGUGUUCGUGAUCUAUGAGGAUCACAAUUAGUCGAAUAACCAUCAAAAAAAAAAAAAAAUUUCUCUUAUUGUGAUUUUCAUUCACCUUCUAUCCAUUUCUGAUUUAUUUUAAUUUACUCUUAUUGUUUCUGUAUUUCAAAGUUUGACUUUUAGGGUUUGCUUUUUUGUUCUUUUUAGGGUUUGCUUGAAUUUCUUCACUAAGUCGUCUUCUGUUUCAAAUUCAAGAUCUAUUAGGGUUUUAUUUAUUUUUUGAAUUUUGGGAAGAAAAAAAGGAUCUUCAGUUUUACCCUCUUAAUUUUAGGUUUAGGAAUAUUUUUUUAUGGCAUUUGAAUGCCAGACAACUAGUUUAUCAAAGAAUUCAGUAUCAAAUUUACUAGAUAAUACUUGCAAAGAACAAUUUGAAUUUAAUCCGAUUAAUUCUGAUAGCUCAGAAAUUUUAACAAUUGUUUCUGAAAUUGACAUUGAGGAGUCUGAAAAACCAAAACCAAAACCCAUAUCAGGACUCAUUCCCAAGAGGGGAUUUGCAUCCUCUUGUAGUGGGAAAGUUUUGCCGGCUAACAAUGUCUUGUCUACUUAUGUUCUGUCCAUCAUUGACCUUCCUCCAACAUUGAUAUCUGAAAUCCUUAAUUGCCUCGAGCCGAAAGAGCUCGGUGUGGUCUCCUGUGUCUCUUCAUCUCUCUAUAGGCUCGCAUCCGAACAUCAUGUUUGGAAGGAAUUUUAUUGUGAGAGAUGGGGACUGCCCAUAGUCCCAAUUCCUCUAGGUUCAGGAUCUUCAAAUGAGAGGUCAUGGAAGGAGCUCUUUGUGGAGAGGGAGUUUCGGAGCAAAACCUUUAUGGGACGAUAUACCAUGGAUGCCCUGUAUGGUCAUAGUGAUGCCGUUCGAUCGGUUUUUCUUCUUUCUUCUAAGAAGAUUAUAUUUACUUCCGGGUAUGAUUCAACGGUUAGGAUGUGGGACAUGGAAGAAGGGUUGCUAAUUGCAUCGUCCCGUCCCCUUGGUUGCACCAUCCGAGCAGUUGUGGCAGAUAUGAAACUCUUGGUUGUAGGGGGUACUGAUGGCUUCAUACAUGGUUGGAGAGCAGAGGAAGGGUUCCCAUAUUUGUUUAAUCUUAGAGGUCCUCAAAACCAAAACAAUGAGUUUCGACUUUGGGAACAUGAAGGGGCCAUUACUUCUCUUGCUUUGGAUCUGACUAGAAUUUAUAGUGGUUCGUGGGACAUGACUAUUCGUGUUUGGGACCGUUCUUUGUUGAAGUGCUUGAAGGUGUUGAGGCACAGUGACUGGGUCUGGAGCCUCGUUCCUCAUGAUACUACAGUGGCAAGCGCAGCAGGCUCAGAUGUAUAUAUUUGGGACACUAAUACUGGAACUCAGAUUGAUGUUAUAGAUAAUGCCCAUGUUGGCAACAUUUAUUCUUUGGCACGGAGCCACACUGGGAAUUUCCUCUUUACAGGAGGAGAAGAUGGGGGAAUACAGAUGUUUGAGAUGAGUAGUCGUCACGCUGAGAGUAAUCUGCAGCAGGUUGCAACAUGGAUUCCUCACUCGGGUCCUGUGUAUUCUCUUGCAUUUGAGUUUCCUUGGCUUGUUUCAGCUUCCAGUGAUGGAAGACUCUCGCUCAUUGACGUGAGAAAGCUGUUGAAGAUACGCAGGCAUUCUUCAAUGGAGAAGUCUGCAGGGUCUAACUGCCUAUAUGAGCGAAGUGUGGAGCCCCCGCAGAGAAUGCUGCAUGGGUUUGGCUGCAAUUUAUUCUCGGUGGACAUUGGUGCUGAUCGUAUUAUAUGUGGAGGUGAAGAAGGUGUUGUUAGGAUCUGGAACUUCUCACAAGCUUUGGAGAUUGAGCGUAGAAGCAGUGCUCUAAAAUGCAUACGGUUAGAGAACAGGAUGAGGCGGCGUAAGCUUCAAAUGCAGAUGAACAAUAAGGGUGGCCGGACAGAUCAUUGUUCAUUUGCAGCAAAAAAGAACCCAAUAAAUGGUGAUAGGAAUGGUGUUUGGCACAACAAACGAGCGGUGAGUGGGAAGAUGAAGGCAUAGAAGCAGAUGACAGCCCGAGUCUAUUUCUUGGUGCUAUUCCACUUAAUACUCUUUGCUUAAUGUUUUAAUGCCACACAUUUUACUGUUUAGAGUAUUUAUUAGUUUAUGUAGUUCUUCAUGUAGUUUAUGUAGUUCUUCAUUUACAUGAAUGCCUGGGUUUCAAUUGUGGUUA